AUGUCCACGGAAAUUACAUUCGAUAAUAAUUUUAGUCCUUCUUUAGCCACUCUAUCCUCCUCUACUCCUUCCUCAAUCAAAUUCAAUCAAUACACAGACAGCACCGAGAAGAACACUGAGCUAGUUGGAUCAGCCAAUGAAAUUGAAUACGUCUCUGAACCUCUAUCCACCUCUUCUAGCUACUUGAUUGGGUUAAAGAGGAAGCACUCUUCUUCUAUUACUCUUCAUCCCUCUACUGUCUACCACAUACACCCACAUCUAAACACUGCUGCUCACUCCUCUUCUCAUCUCACUCAGCAAUCCCAACAUGAUCGUUAUCAAGCCAGAAACGCUCUCGGUGAUGCUUUCGGUACAAAGAAGGCAAAGAAAGCUAUCAAAGAAGCUGAACGUAACAACGUUGAUAUUGAAGCUAUGGCAAAUGUUUCUGGUUACAUUCAACAAGACAUUGCAACAAAUACUGAUGUACUCCCAUCACGCACCUCUAUUAAAGCAAUUGCUGAUUCAAAGAGACCUCUGCCAACUUACAAUGAAUCGGGUAGUAGCUUAGAAGAGGUUUACAACCUAUCCAAUCUCAUCUCUGACCCUGAAUUCAAUUCCUGCAAAGUAGAUCAAAUUCUCACCGCAUCACCAACAUUCCUCACUCAACUCCUCCCAACUCAAUCCAACAAUAACUACAUUCUUGACAGGAUAACAGCUCUCAAAGCUAGCAAAUCAAACAAGCAAUCGAGGUCUAAGAUCAGAUUGCUUGUGUACAUGUCCCACCUUUUCGCCUUCAACGGUGUAGCUAAAUCCUCACGUAGCAAGAUUGCUGAACGUCUCAACAAUCCUCCUCCUGUCUUGUUAGAUGGGAUUUUCAACAAGUUCACCGAAUCGAGUAGAGGUUCUACAAAACACUCCUUCACCACCUUCUCACAGGCAAAGCUGAUCAACUGGAUCCUCAUUCUCGCGUUACACAUUGACGAUAACUCUGUAGAUCCAACGCAACUUGCCAGGGAGUUGUCUAUGCCUACUCAGAAAAUCAAUGACGCUUUCAAGGCUGUUGGUUGCAAUCUUGUUCCACUCUCUGCCACACAGCGCGAGAAAGCUGGUACUCUCAACACACAAUCUGAAUCAACUCAAGACGCCUCCAAAUCUGCUAAAAGGGCUGUUCUCAAAACUCCCCUCCAAUUCCCCCAAGUUAGAAGAGGUAAAGCGACUCGUUAG